CUUCUUUUACAAAAAAAAAAUAUUUGUUUUUUCUCGUGAUUCCUUCUUUUUUUUUUUCCAACGAAUAUUUCUUUAUUAUAUCAGUUUCAAUUUUUUCCCUUGAUAAAGUAUCUCAACAAACAAUGUGCUACUAAUUACCUGGUGAGCUUACCCAUAGAUUACAUUAUCAUGUACAGAUUUGUUUACGUCUCUCUGGAUUCUGUUGUUUUAUUUUCUCUAAUUUAGUAGAUAUUGUUGACUCUUCGUUUUUUUCUCUUUUUUUCUGAACAACAGUUGAGAGUCUUCGUUCUUAUCUUCAAAGCUUAAAUAGAUUGAGAAUAGUGACAUCAGUUUUCCAGCCUAAUCUAGAUGCGACCAAAACUGAAUCUGAUCCCUUCGAAUAUUCACACAACACCAUAUUCAAAUUUACCACUUUACCCUUUUCUUUCGUUUUAUAUCUAAUUUUUCUAUUAUUCCACAACUCAAAAGAUUCCGUUUAGGUACGCGACGCCCCGACCUCGAACCCUUCUCCAUUCAUUCAUGUCCUAAAAUCUCUCUCUCUAUCUAUCUCAUCCAUGUUUUUGAUUCCAUUUAGAUCCAAUAUUCUUUCUCCAUUUAAAAAAAUCCAACCUGCUUCCUCCCACCCACUUCUCUAUAGAUCUUAAAACCUAUUGCCUUGUUUACUUUUAAACCUCCAUAGCAUAAUCAAAAAUAGUAAUGAUGGUUCAGAAGAUGGAAGUUGAUCACGCCCAUAAAAUGCAGAGAUGUCAUGAGUAUGUUGAGGCUCUCAAAGAAGAACAAAAGAAAAUACAAGUGUUUCAACGAGAGCUUCCUUUAUGCUUAGAACUCGUUACACAAGCAAUCGAAGCUUGUAAAAAGGAAUUAUCCGUUACAUCGACAACGUCAGAGCAGUACUCGGAGCAGACCGCGAGCGUGUGUGGUGGUCCAGUUCUUGAAGAGUUUAUACCGAUCAAGAAAAGCAACAACGAAGAGAACAGAGAACACGAGUCUCCUCGUGAGGUUGAUAAGAGUGACGUGGACAGUAAGAAAUCUGACUGGCUUAGAUCUGCUCAUCUAUGGAACCAUCAUUCGCAGGAUCCAGACAUGACAGUAGUGGUAGCUAAGAAGGCGAGAGUUGUUGAGGUGAAACCGAACAGCCACAACCGCGGUGGCUUUCAGCCGUUUCAAAAGGAGAAGAAACGCGUCUUCUCGGAGACUGAUCUGCAUCCGGCGGUGAAGGCGACCACUCCGGCGCCGGCGACGACGACUUGUUCCACCACGGAAGUUGGUGGUGCGGAUAAAGCGGGAGAGGAGCAGAUACAGAAGCAACAACUGCAGACGCAGACGCAGAGGAAACAAAGGAGAUGCUGGUCGCCGGAGUUACACCGGCGGUUCCUUCACGCGCUUCAGCAGCUCGGAGGAUCGCAUGCUGCAACACCAAAACAGAUCAGAGAUCAUAUGAAAGUUGAUGGAUUAACUAACGACGAAGUUAAAAGCCAUUUACAGAAAUAUAGACUUCACACAAGAAGGCCAGCCACGGCUCAGGGUAACGGAAACUCGCAACAACCGCAAUUUGUGGUGGUCGGAGGGAUAUGGGUGCCUUCGCCACAAGAUUUUCCUCCACCGUCAGAUGUAGCCAAUAAAGGUGAUGGUGUAUACGCUCAGGCGACGGCACAAGCACCAGUAGCACCGCAAUCUCCGAAGCGUUCGGUGGAGAGAAGUAGUGGCCGGUGUAACUCACCAGCGGCAUCUUCCUCUACAAAUACAACCACAACUUCUGCUUCUCCUGUGUCAUAAGAUUUUGUAGCAAUCUAGUGGGUUUGGUUUUGUAGGUUAGAUGCAAGUGAGUGUAAUAAGAUUUGUAACCGAAGAAUGUUCUUUCAUAAGCAUAUAUAUGAGAUAAGUAAAGAGUCUUUGUUUUCUAUCAUUUGAUACUAUCUUGUUACUGUUAGAUAAAUUAUAUUGGAUACUGUCUUGUUAGUGUUUGA